AUGAACAGCCGGACUUCGGUCGUAGCAGUCAUUACUCUCACCAUUCCGGCCGCGCUGUAUCUAUUCCAAGCGCUCUUUCAGCCUGAUACAAUGGAGGCGGGAACGCCUGGCAGCCCAGUCAACGAGAUUCCCGGCUUGCAAUUCAACCUGUCUCAGAUCUCAAAGAAUCCCCCUACUCUUCUCGUUACAGUCAGAAACGGCCAUCCGUCCUCGACCUACACAUUCCUCAAAUGGGAUUCCCCCCUAGACCCUCAAGCAACCAACUUGGGUGUUUUCAAGCUCCUGCAUGUCCCAAGUGGGAAUGAAGUCGCAACGGACUUGAUCAGAAUAAGGCGAAAGAUGCCGCCCUCGAGAGAUGAUCUACAAGAAAUCGCGCCUGGAACACAACACUCCAUGGAAAUCGUUCUUGACAAGCCUUGGAUGCCGAAAACGAAGCCGACAGAGUACAAAAUCUGGGUCGAGGGCGAGUUCCACGGAGUGUGGGAGAAGGCUGCAGGCAGUGUCAAAGAUGAGGAGCUUGAAGCUUACACCGACACCAACUAUGAUGGGAGUCGGUUUCGGAGCGAGGCGACAACCAUUAUCGUUGAGUGA